UCCUACCGCAGGCCAAAAGUAGAGCAACCACCUCAAAUAGAAGGGGAAAAUUUUUUCGUGGCCAAAGUGGCAGAUUUAAUAGACGAAGCAACUCCCCACAGCGAUCUCACUUUCGGUCAAAGGCGGGAGACAAAGGUAGAUCCACAUGGAAGACCAACAGGCCACACAUCAAACCCACAGGAGAGAAGCCCACCUCAGCCUGACGGGGCACUCCCUCCGGAAUCGUUGGAGAAAAUAGGGGGCAAGUUACUUCGAUUCCGGGAGGAAUGGAUACAUCAUUCUUCGGAUGUAUGGGUGAAAGAAAUUGUGACAGAAGGAUAUCACAUAGAUUUCAAUACCAUGCCCCCCAAAAGAUUUUUCAUGUCCAGGGUUCCUCACAAUCCGCAGAAGGCACUAACUUUCCUAGAAUGUAUAGAAAGACUGGAGCGGUCCGGAGUAAUCAGGCCAGUACCAACUACAGAGAGAUUCUCAGGUUUCUACUCAAACCUUUUUACAGUGCCAAAGAGGGAUGGGUCGGUCAGACCAGUGCUCGAUCUCAAGGGUCUCAACAAGUUCAUCCGAUCGGUGAAGUUCAAGAUGGAAACAUUGAGAUCAGUCAUUCGGGGGAUGGAACAGGGGCAACUGUUGAUGUCCCUGGAUAUAAAAGAUGCAUACCUUCAUGUCCCGAUAUGGCCGCCCCAUCAUCGUUAUUUACGUUUUGCCUUCAAGAACAAGCACUUCCAAUUUGUGGCACUUCCAUUCGGUCUGUCGUCCGCCCCCAGAGUCUUUACGAAGUUGAUGGCAGCAACAGCGGCCACUUUAAGGCUACAGGGGAUUUCAGUGACACCUUAUCUGGACGAUCUCCUUCUAAAAGCCAGUUCAGUGUUGAGGGCCAAGGAGGACCUGAACAAGGCGGUGCAAUUACUCCAGAGAUUCGGAUGGACUGUCAACUGGUCCAAGUCCAACACGGAGCCCAGUCACAGAAUGAUGUUUCUAGGCCUGGAGUUCGACACGAUAAAACAAACUGUGAGCUUACCCACAGACAAGCAGACCAGAAUCAGAGAUCAAGUCCGCUACUUAAUCACCAACCAAAGCACAACGAUACACAAAGCAAUGCAAGUGUUGGGGACAAUGGUAUCAGCUAUAGAGGCAGUUCCAUUUGCGCAAAUACACCUGCGACCUCUUCAAGCCAGUAUCCUAGCAACAUGGAAAGGGGGAUCUCUUUCUCGACCUCUGUCGCUGUCACAGCAGACAAGGACGGCACUUCAAUGGUGGUUGAGCCCCAAGAACCUAGCCCGAGGUCAAUCAUGGGCAAUUCCGGAAUGGGUGGUGAUAUCCACGGAUGCCAGCCUCCAGGGAUGGGGGGCGACAUGGGACAAGCAGUCGGCACAAGGUCGAUGGUCUCCGGAGGAAGCCAGACUACCAAUAAACAUUCUGGAACUGAGAGCAGUGAAGCUGGCCCUAAUUCAAUGGGAAGAUCAUCUCAGAGCAUGCCCAAUACGCAUUCAAAGCGACAACGCGACAACAGUGGCGUACAUAAAUCGUCAGGGAGGAACAAGAAGUCGGGCCGCGCUGACGGAAGCCAGACAGAUUCUGCUCUGGGCAGAAACCAAUUCAGUAAAGUUGUCUGCGAUACAUAUUCCGGGAGUGUCCAACACAAAAGCGGACUUUCUCAGUCGGAAUCAGCUGGACCCCGGGGAAUGGGAGCUACAUCCAGAGACAUUCCAAGAGCUUGUAGAUCAAUGGGGGACUCCCAGCAUAGAUCUAAUGGCAUCAAGAGGCAAUCGAAAAGUAACAAGAUUUUUCGCCCGUUGCAGAGAUCCAUUAGCAGUGGGGGUGGAUGCCAUGACACAGAACUGGCAGUUCAACCUCGCAUAUGUCUUUCCGCCGCUUCCCAUGCUGCCAAGGGUUCUGAAGAAGAUCAAGCAAUCUCGGUCAACAGUAAUAACAGUGGCCCCAUACUGGCCUCGGAGAACCUGGUUCACCGACCUGCAGGAGAUGUCCGUAGCGCAACCAAUUCGGCUAAAAUGCAGGCCAGACCUGCUUCAGCAGGGUCCCAUAGCUCACCACAACCCGGGUCUCUUCGCUUUGACGGGAUGGCUAUUGAGAGGUCCGUUUGGCAGAGACAAGGAUUAGAUGAGAAGGUCAUAACCACUAUGCUGAAGGCUCGAAAAGCUUCAUCGGCCAAGUCAUAUCACAGGGUUUGGCAGUCCUAUUCCAAGUGGUGCGAAGAAUCACAUUUUCCGUUUCUGGAACUGCAAUUGCCUAGGAUAUUAUCCUUUCUACAACAGGGGCUACAACUGGGUCUCAAGCUCAGUUCUCUUAAAGUCCAAGUGUCGGCUCUGUCAAUUCUGUUUCAAUCCCGGUUAGCGAAUGAAGACUUGAUUCGCACGUUUCUGCAAGGAGUGGCUCAUAUCAUGCCGCCUUUCAAGCCACCAGUUGCUAGCUGGGACCUCAAUGUAGUGCUGGAGGCAAUGCUGGAUCCUCCAUUUGAGCCAAUGCACGCAAUAUCUGAUACAUGGAUAACCUACAAGGUGGUGUUUCUAGUAGCAAUAUCAUCAACUAGAAGAGUGUCUGAGAUUAGCGCCCUGUCGUGUGUCCCUCCUUACCUAAUUUUCCACAAGGAUAAGGCCGUUCUUCGCACGAUUCCUGAAUUCUUACCCAAGGUAGUAUCGGCAUUUCAUGUAAACCAAGAGAUUGUUCUUCCGUCUCUAUGCCCAGAUCCUAAGAAUGAUAAGGAACGCAGAUUACAUAAUCUGGAUGUUGUUAGAGCACUAAGAUGGUAUGUGGAACGAUCAAAACCUUUCCGAAAGUCUCAGGCUCUGUUUGUCAUCCCAUCCGGCCCCCGUAGGGGUCAGGCAGCUUCCAAGUCAACUAUAUCAAGGUGGAUUAGAGAGUCUAUAAAACAAGCAUAUUCCGCAAAGGGAAGAUUUCCGCCAGAAGGACUCAGGGCUCACUCCACCAGAGCGGUGGGAGCCUCCUGGGCAUGGCGAAACUCUGCUUCCUUGGAACAGAUCUGUAGGGCGGCUACCUGGUCCUCCGCUCACACAUUCUCUAAAUUUUACAAAGUUGAUACUUUUUCUUCCGCCGAGGCUGCCCUCGGACGUAAGGUGUUGCAGUCAGUGAUUUCCUAACUCUGCAACCACGUACUUUACUGUUAGCUCGUUCCCACCAUGCUGUUUGGGACUGCUUUGUUAAGUCCCCAUGGUUCCCUGUGUCCCCCUAAGACGACAGAGAAAACAGGAUUUUUUUGAUACUCACCGUUAAAUCUGUUUCUCUGUAGUCGUAAGGGGGACACAGGGCUUCCCGCCCUUGACGAGCUUUGACCGGUUUGGUCGAGUUUUUUGUUCAGUUUCACUGGUUGCUUUCUGCCUAUUAGGAAAGUUGUUUUUGAAGUUAACUACGAUAGCAGCUUUUGGAACAAACUGAAGUGGAAUGUACAGUGUAUGGGGUAAAGCCUGAUGGGCACGCCCCUUUAUUUAAUUAUUCAAGUGUCCUGCCUCCUGGAGGAUGGAGCUUAACCCCAUGGUUCCCUGUGUCCCCCUUACGACUACAGAGAAACAGAUUUAACGGGGGCACAUUUUGCACUUAUGACACACACACAGGAAACCGCUCUGGAGAAGAAAUGACUACGAACCAAUGUAUCCCUAAGGUUAGGUGCUCUUUUAUAUGUAAUCUUGGGGAUUUCACUCACAUAUGUUGUCCCAUAGUCACACAGACUACCCUCCCAUCUCACCCCCAGCCUAGCUGCUACCCUGGGCAAAUGCCCCUAACUUUUUACUUGGCCCUCGGUGCAGAUUCAGGGAUCGGAGUUCACGGCAGGCAACUUCCGGGUCUUUGGUAAUCUGAGAAUGAAACCGGCGGAGUGGCGCAUGCGCAGUUGGAGCAAUUUCCUGGUUUGCGACAAUUGCACAUAUGCCGAAAUUGACGGAAAUUGCCAAAGCGCAGGAAGAAGACCCGGAAGAUGGCUGCCGUGAUCCCUGAAUCUGCACCAA